GGUCUCUAACCUUACGUUUGGCGGUGCUGCAAGCCUCUCAUCAAAGGGAUUGGAAGCCGAGGUCUGCGAACGAAGCGGCUGGGUCACACGUGACGGGGAUCCCGUUGCAUCUGCACGUCCAGCGCCAGCUCGUUGACCUCGCUUCAGUAUGUGAACCCGUGGCUGGUCCAUGGUCACAGCUCCCUCCACGACCCGGUCACGCGAGUCGCUUCCGGUGCAGCAGAGCCAUUCCACAUUUUGCUAGCUGCCAGCUCGGUGAACCUGCUCAGCAGACCUCGUCCCAAGCAACGACACACCAUGGAGAAGAGCGAACCAACCUUCUCGUGGGCGCCGCUGCUGGAGCGCAUGAUGCACCGCAAGCCCAUGCAAGUUAUCCAGGCCGAAGAGAACUCGCAGGACUUGCCUCGAUCGCUCAGUCUGUUCGAUUUGAUUUGUAUUGGAAUUGGUGGCACAGUCGGUAGCGGUAUCUUUUCCACGGCUGCCUCGAUCGUGAGCGACACUGCCGGUCCGUCAGCUGUGAUCAGUUGGCUCAUCGGUGGCGUGGUUUGUUGCAUGAACGCUCUGGCCUACAUGGAGCUCACUACACGUGUGCCCUCAUCGGGUAGUACGUACGCAUACGCCUAUCACGCUAUCGGUGAGGUGCCCGCUGUGGUCGCUGGCUGGCUGCUGACGCUGGAAUACGCCGUGUCCGGUGCCGGUGUGGCUCGUAGUUGGGCACAGAAGGUCGAGGACUGGGUCGUGCACGAGAACCCGGACGCUAGCGUCCAUUGGCUCAACCAAGAGUACGCCAACAUUUUAUCUGCCGUGAUCCAGGGCUUAUGUGUGGUCGUUCUGCUUGCUGGUCUCCGCUUCGGCAAGAUGUUCGUCAACGGCUUCACUAUCCUCAAGAUGUUCGUCGUUAUCUUCAUCAUCAUUGCUGGCUUCUGUGCCAUCGACUCGGAUAACCUCAGUCCCUUCAUCCCUCCACGUGCGGAGAACAGCUCGGGUGACAUGGCCUACGGCACUCAAGGUAUCAUUACCGGUGCCACCCAGGCUUUCUUCGGCUACAUUGGUUUCGAUGAAGUCUGCUGUCUGGCUGCUGAGGCCAAGGACCCCAAGAAGGUCAUGCCCAUUGCCGUGUUGAGUGUUGUGACGGGCACUGCUAUUCUCAGUGUCUUGUGUUCGCUCGUGUUGUCCGGUAUGGUGCCAUACUCUGAGGCUACAAGCUUCCCCGAUGGAUUUGCUGGUGUCGGCUGGGACUGGGCUUCUCAGAUCGUGCGUGCCGGUGAGACUAUUACCAUGCCCGUGGUGGUGCUCAUUGCCUUCCUGGCCCAACCGCGUCUCAACUACGCACUAGCUUGCGAUGGUCUGAUGCCCGAGAUCUUUGCCAAGGUGGACGCCAAGGGCAACCUGUUCGUCAACACUCUUAUCACUGGUAUCUUCUUCACACUGGUGGCUUUCAUCGUGCCGUUCGUGACGCUGUGGGAUAUCGUCAACUUCGGUAUUUUGAUCUCGUUCGUCAUGUCCAACACGUCCCUCAUGAUGAUCCGCAUGUCGGAGCAGUCGCCAAGCACAGCACCAAAGUACAUUGGCUCUGCAGUGGCGUUGGCGUUGAUGACUGCGUUCUUCUAUCAACAGGGCUACGUGACCCACGACUCGACAGUUUGCCUAGUGCUAGCUAUCGUUUGUCUAGUCGCGACUGUGGCGAUGACCAUCAUGCUUGCCAUCAAAUGCCCUCAGAGCGGCAACGACCCGCUUUAUUUCUCGGCUCCGCUUGUGCCGUUCAUCCCGAUGAUCUGCAUCCUCGCCGACUUCUAUCUGGUGGCUCAGAUCCCCAAUCUGGGUUUGAUCCUCGGUGUCGCCUGGGUGCUGGUAGGCGUGCUUUCGUACUUCCUGUACGGCCAGCAACACGCUGCCAGCCGCAACGGCUGGGCCGAGUUGUUGCAGUAUCACUUGCCCAGCGUUAACAGCGCGGGCGAUGACAGCUAUGUGGGUCUACGUCCUUCUCUCAACGAGGUGCGUCCUUCGAUGAACUCGAUGGUCAAGGAGAACUAGGCAGGGAUAAUUACAUCCACGUAUGAUAAAAGAGCUCGGGUAUACUUAUGAUUUCUUUUCUUGCUUGAUCUGCUGCUUUACCAUCCUACCAAAAAGCACUUAACGCUUCCGAAAAUUGC